CGGCGCGGGCCUGGGUGUGGCCGGCGGCUGUCGGCGGCGCUGGUCUCGGCGGGGCGCUGCGCUCCGGGGGCUGCUGAGCUCUCCGCCGACUCGCGCCGCGGCCGGUCGACGCGGGCCCGGCUCCUCCAGUUGCUUUCACUUGCUAAUUUCGAAGGCAAACAAGUUAAAAGAUGAGUGAACUGGAGCAGUUGAGGCAGGAAGCCGAACAGCUGCGGAAUCAGAUCCAGGAUGCUAGGAAAGCGUGUAACGAUGCAACCCUUAUUCAGAUCACAUCAAAUAUGGAUUCCGUGGGCCGAAUACAAAUGAGAACGAGACGGACGCUGAGGGGUCAUCUAGCUAAGAUCUACGCUAUGCAUUGGGGAUACGAUUCAAGGCUACUAGUCAGUGCUUCCCAAGAUGGAAAAUUAAUUAUUUGGGAUAGCUAUACAACAAAUAAGAUGCAUGCUAUUCCUUUGAGGUCUUCCUGGGUAAUGACCUGUGCCUAUGCUCCCUCCGGUAAUUACGUGGCAUGUGGAGGGCUGGACAACAUCUGCUCUAUAUAUAACUUAAAAACCAGAGAGGGAAACGUGAGAGUGAGUCGGGAGUUACCAGGUCACACAGGCUACUUGUCCUGCUGUCGUUUUUUAGAUGACAGCCAAAUUGUUACCAGUUCAGGAGACACAACUUGUGCUUUAUGGGACAUCGAAACUGCCCAGCAGACCACCACAUUCACUGGGCAUUCUGGAGAUGUGAUGAGUCUCUCUCUGAGUCCUGACAUGAGGACAUUUGUUUCUGGUGCUUGUGAUGCCUCUUCAAAAUUAUGGGAUAUUCGAGAUGGAAUGUGCAGACAGUCUUUCACUGGACACGUGUCAGAUAUUAAUGCUGUCAGUUUUUUCCCCAACGGAUAUGCCUUCGCCACCGGCUCGGACGAUGCCACGUGCCGCCUCUUCGACCUCCGCGCCGACCAGGAGCUGCUGCUCUACUCCCACGACAACAUCAUCUGCGGGAUCACGUCCGUAGCUUUCUCCAAAAGCGGCCGCCUGCUCCUGGCUGGCUACGACGACUUCAACUGUAACGUGUGGGACACGCUGAAGGGAGAUCGUGCAGGUGUUCUUGCUGGUCAUGACAACCGUGUCAGCUGUUUAGGUGUAACAGAUGAUGGCAUGGCUGUGGCAACAGGCUCUUGGGACAGUUUUCUUAGAAUCUGGAAUUAAUAGUACAUGCAGGUUUUCUGUUCUCCAUUGCUAUCUGGAGAAAUCAGUGCUACAGCCUAUUGCUGUGAGAAGAAAAUUCUACCUUAUAUUUGCAGGUGAAGAUUUUUCUAUUGAGAUUAUUAUAUACAAAAAGAUUUCAGUAAACUACAAAAUUGGGGAGGGGGGCGUGGCAGCAAGGGGUGCUUGCUGACAUCAAAAGGACCAGUGCAUUAAUUUGAGGAAUUGAGCUAAUUUAACCUUGAUAAAUUCUUGCUUGUACUCAAAUUCUUUAUUUUCUUUGUAUAGGACAGAAUGUACACAUUAUAGCCGGUUAUCAUGUUUGAUUGUGUUUGCAUUUUUUAAGAACUACAUUUUUAACUUUCUAUACAUAAGAAAUAACAUUUUUCAGUUUUGUAAUGGAGGAAGUAAGCACAGUAAUAGAUGGAAGUGAUCCUUUAUGUGUGUGUACUUCCGUUUGAAGAAAGUCUCCUUGAUUUCUGAUCUUCCUUUUAAAAAUCUAAAAGAGCUUCUGGCUGGUCAAUGUUUAAGAAUGCUAGCAGGCCUCAGUACCUCUGAGGGGAGUCCCCUGUUGAGUAUCCUUCGUUUCUGGUGCAUCCUUUGCCAUCCUAUGAAUUUAAAUAAGUGCUCGUUUUCAGUCCUUGGAGGAAGAGCUAAUCUGAAGGCUAGGGAAUUGAGAUUUCAUUCUGAAAUUUUAGACCUAGAUAAGAAACUCUUGUAUUGUUAGCAGUAAUUGCAUAAAAAUGGUUGACAUUCAGAAAAUGUGGUUAUGAUCAAGUGACGCUUUGAGUAGCUCUCUCUGUAAAUGAUAAGCUUUCCUAGUGAUUUCAUGUUCUAGACAUGAGUUCACAGGGUCCACUCAUUAUUUCACAUUAACAUUUGGAUUAUCCUUGCAUCUGAAGAAUUUUCUCCAGUGUUCUCGAUAUACAUACAUGUAGAUAGGAAAUAUAAUGGUGAUGCCAUUAUGCUGUUGAAAGAAGGGUAAAAUCUAACCAGUCACUAGACUUGACUAGUUAUAAUUGUGUAGCAAGGUAGCUUUAUGAAUUUGCUCAUAGUUUACAUCAGUUCACAUUUUGUAUUAUCUGCAACUUAAAUUUUAAAAAGGAAGCAUUCAGACUUUGUGUUUUUCUGUAAUGUUUCUUCCCUUGGCAUAAUAUGAUUUCUAAGUGAUUUUGCCUCAAAGAAUGCUUAGAUCCAAGUGAUUCCUCUUUAAAGCCAAAAGAAAAAUUCCAGGAGCAGUCCUCGAAGGAGUCAGAGGAAAAUACUAAGCAAUUCCUGUUUGUCAGUGAUAAUAAUGUAUCUAUUACUAGAAUGCCCCUCCCCCCAAAUAAAGAUACUUUUCCUGUUGGAUUUUCUCCUGUUAACUAAAGCUAAAUGAUUGACAAUAGAAGAUUGUUAGUCUUGCUUGAUGAUGAAGUCAUUGGUUACUCUCAUAUAUAGAAGUGCAUUGUUUUUGUAAUUUAGUGAACUGUGUCUGUUACUGUUGAGAUAGGUCUCAACUUUUGAUCACAUAUAACUCUAAAUACUCCCCAGAUUUUACUUGUGAAUUUUCAUUUUUAUAUUGUGAAUGUGCUAGUAAGUGCAUCAACUAUAAUGAACUCUGUACCCGUUUUUAAGAUCAGCUGAUAAUAAACGAAUACUAAGAUAAAGGACCAAAAAAAAAAAAAAAAGACUAUUAUAGAUGGCAGGCAUGAAUGUAUAUUUAUAAACACAUAAGAUUUCUAUGAACUUUUUUUUGCAAUUAAUGUUUGUGGACUGUCAUAAAGAAGAGCUCUUUGAGGUAAGGCAAGACUAUUUUAAAGAAACUUUAAUAUUCAUUAAAUUCAAAGUAUUCAUUUCCCAAAAAGGUGAGGGUUUGCCGUAUAGUUCAGUAGUUCCUUCCACAGUUCCACAGUCCUGUUGAAGCAGCACCUCUGCCAUGUGCAAAACAGCCAUAUAUAUAUGUGUGUGUGUGUGUACACACACACACACUGUAUGAGAAUAUCUCCUCUGCUUUGAAAGUUACCUAAUCACAAGAUACUUUUGAGAGGCUGGGACUACAGGAAUUCUCUGGUCUUCAGCAUGUUGAUAGAAUGAGUUAAUGUUAAAAGUCUUUAUAGAGAAGUUUCAGAGCAGUUCCUGUAAUUCAGUAUGGACUGGACAACUAUGAACCAACCACUAUGGUGGCUGUUGACACAUUAUGACCAAAUGGUGACCUCAUUACCACAUUAACUUACUAGCUAAACCUUUGCUCUCUAGUAAUAACAGGCUCCAAUUGCUAAAUAUAUUUAUUGCUGUUUGAGUUCAGCUGAUAGUCUUAAGUAUUGUGCAUAAGACUUGUAACCAGUAAGAGUAAUGUAGUAGUACUAGUUUUAAAGAAUGUGUAUCAAGAUUGUUGCAUUUAUCUGGUGCCUAUUUGCUUUUACCUUAUAAGAAACAUUUAAACAUACUAUAUGCCUCAGCAUGUUUGUUUAUAGAUUCAUCAGUCACUUCAUAAAGAGUGGGGUGGUUUUUCCUUUUCCCAGAUCUGGCAAGAAUAAGAGAACAUAGUCUUCUCUAAAAAGUGGUAGUGACUGCCAUGUGGUUCAGCUCUUCAUCCCAAAAGCUGAUAGCAAGGACCUCUCCACCUUGAGGCAGGCCUCAUUUUUGGCAGCUGUAUUAAGGUUUAGACUGAGUAUCGAAGGUCCCUCCCUACCUACUCAGAUUUUUCUAGUUGUGAUGCCAUGGUUCCUAGCACCACAUUGAGUUCCAUCUUCACAGAGGCAAAAAUUGGGGUUUACUAUUUCAAGAGUCUAAUAGGCCAUUUUCCUUAUUUUAAUGUAGACUCAGCUAAACGGAUACUGCACGAGGGAUAGUAAACUAGUCUAGACAUAUAGAUGUAGGUGCUUCUGGAAUGUGUUAAUUAAUCUGUUAAGAGAAAUGGAUCUUGACUUCUCCAGGUGACAAUGGAAUUUUUAUUGCUAAAACAUACUGUGCCAAUAUUAUAACUGACUUUCUCCAACACUGUUGCGGUCUUAGAUUUAAUAACUUUAACCUUUUUAAAGUGAAAGCAUUCAGGGAAAUUUUAUGCUUUGAUUACUGUUGAAUGUUUCACAUUUUAAAUUACAAGGCAGUUGAAUACUUGUGGUUUCUCUUGAUCAGAAAGUUUAAAUCAGUUUAAACUUAAGGAAACUGAUUAAGCAAUCUUCUAAAUGGGCCUAUCAUUUUCACAAUAUUCUCUAGAAUCUUUAGGGUAGAAGUCAUGCUUAAAAAUAGUUGCUUUUAAAUCAAGUACUAUAUUCAGCUUCAAAUUUCCCUUUUGCCCUUAUGAAAAGCAAAAUUUUAAACUCUUACCUGUUAAAGUUUUUAAACACCCUCAAGGUUAGACCAUCUUUCUCGUGAGAAAGAGUAGCACAGUGAAGAAAACUGGCAUUUUAAAUUAGAUUAAGUAGGUGAAUUGUUUCAAAUUUACUAGUUUUUCUUCCUGUUAGGGUUGCCUUAAAUUUUGUGGUAUAUUCUAAAAAUAUUGGUUAUAAUAGGCACUCCUUAAAAUGGUUUGUAGCUAAAUGUCUAAGCUAGCAGUGUACUUUUAAAACAUUUUGGUCACAGAUUGAUGGUACACCUUGUAUUUAGCAGAUUUGUUUGCAUGAUGAUAAAAUUUCCUGAGUCUUUUUUCUUAAAUCCAAUUACUGAUCCUAUAAAAGUUAAUAAUGCAGCAUCAUGAAAAAAUUGGUUUCGUGUUUCAACUGGUGUUAAGUGUUCAACAAAAUCUUACAUAUUUAUUUUUUAAUUAAUGGAACUUCAGUGAUACUUGGUAGAUAUUUCAAGCCUUUUGUCUUUUAUACAAUGGUGCUCUAUUCUGUUGUUUUCGAAGAAGCAUCUGAACACUUAGAUUUGCAUAUUCUUAUCCAAAAGCAUUCACAGAAGUGGGUUUUUAAAGCUGAUUAAAAUGUUUUUCUUCACCUACAGUGGUUUCUAUAAACUUGUAGCCAAUUGACUCUGAAUGUCAGUAGUAUGACUAUGGGAAAGGUGAACAUAGAUUAAAGCUCUUAUAAAAGCUUUAAAGCAAACUAUGGACUUGUACCGUGACUUAAUAGUAUUGGUUCUUUCUUGCACAAUGAUUCAUUCCUCUAUUUGUACAGUAGCUCUGUGAAAUGUUGCUGUGAAUUGAUAUUGUAAUCAAUAAAGUGCUUUUAACCAGA